GGGAAGAGAGAACUGGGGCUCACCGCGAGCCUUCGAGAGCAGCGGUCUCUGAGAAAGAGGCGGCGGCGGGAGCACAGGCUUGGGCCAGCUGCGCGCAUCCCUGGGUGACCUGCACAGCAAAGAGCUGGGCGGGCCGCGGGAGCCGGGACAGGAGUGGACAAAGCAAGAUGGCAGGGAUCUUAGCCUGGUUCUGGAACGAGAGAUUUUGGCUGCCGCACAAUGUCACCUGGGCGGACUUGAAAAACACGGAGGAAGCCACCUUCCCACAGGCGGAGGACCUCUAUCUCGCCUUCCCCUUGGCCUUUUGCAUCUUCAUGGUGCGACUUCUCUUCGAGAGGUUUGUGGCCAAACCAUGUGCGAUAGCCCUCAACAUUCAGGUCAACGGACCACAGAUUGCCCAGCCAAAUGCCAUCCUGGAAAAGGUCUUCACUGCGAUUACAAAGCAUCCUGAUGAAAAGAGAUUGGAGGGCCUGUCCAAACAGCUGGACUGGGAUGUUCGCAGCAUUCAACGUUGGUUUCGACAAAGACGCAACCAGGAGAAGCCAAGCACACUGAAGAGGUUCUGUGAGAGCAUGUGGAGAUUUUCAUUUUACCUUUAUGUAUUUACCUACGGAGUCCGGUUCCUGAAAAAGACACCCUGGCUGUGGAAUACAAAGCACUGCUGGUACAACUACCCCUAUCAGCCACUCACAGCUGACCUUCACUACUAUUAUAUCCUGGAGCUGUCAUUUUAUUGGUCUUUAAUGUUUUCCCAGUUCACUGAUAUCAAAAGAAAGGACUUUGGCAUUAUGUUCCUGCAUCACCUGGUGUCUAUUUUCCUAAUUACCUUUUCAUAUGUCAACAAUAUGGCUCGAGUAGGGACCCUGGUUCUCUGUCUUCACGAUUCAGCUGAUGCUCUCCUGGAGGCUGCCAAAAUGGCAAAUUAUGCCAAGUUUCAGAAAAUUUGUGAUCUCCUGUUUGUUAUGUUCGCCAUGGUUUUUAUCACCACACGACUGGGUAUAUAUCCUCUCUGGGUGUUAAAUACCACGCUGUUCGAAAGUUGGGAGAUCGUUGGACCUUAUCCUUCCUGGUGGGUUUUUAACAUACUGCUGUUGCUAGUACUAGGCCUGAACUGCUUCUGGUCUUUCUUGAUCAUAAAAAUAGCUUGCAAAGCUAUUUCAAAAGGCAAGGCUGGGAAGUGGAACCCUUUACAUGUGUCCAAGGAUGAUCGAAGUGAUAUUGAGUCUAGCUCAGAUGAGGAGGACUCGGAGCCUCCAGGGAAGAGCCCCCACACUGCAACUGCUACCAAUGGAACCAGUGGUACCAACGGGUAUCUCCUGACUGGCCCUUGCUCCGUGGAUGAUUAAUUACUCAAAACUACAAGUCCGGAACAAAGUGAACUAUUUGUUCCCAGAAGUAUUUAAUAAGUUGCAAAUGCAGUUCCUUUCAUAAUAUCUCAGCACCAGAAACAAAAAUUAGGAUUAUCAAAGCAUUUUGAAUAGUGCACUGCCAUAUGUCCCGUCUGUGAAUGAAGAAGAAUUAUCAUUCUCUAUAUGUAGGCAUGCUGUAUGUAAUUGACACAAGGGAACAGUAUUUGCAUUUGUAUUGUCUUAGAAUAUUAUUUAUUUUUUUGUAUUUGUUUGUAAAUCUGUGGGCAAAAGAGGGUUUCCUCACCCCUUCCACUUUCCGGGUUGAUGACAGUGAGGGAGACGCUCCAUCUGCUUGUACUCCUUUCUACUGCUGUGGGCCCGUCUGCUAGGAGCAUCAGCUUAGUUAGCCUUAGAGCAAGCAAAACCCAAUGCAAGAUUCUCGUGCAGCUCCGGAUAGGUUUGCUUUCUUAGUGUCAGUGCCCAUUUAGAAAUUGCCUAUAGUCUCCAUGACCAUUCUCCCAGUGUAUAGUUUAACCAGGAUGAGCUAGGUUUUUUUAAUUAUCACUUUUCAUGGCCAUUUAGCAGUUUGGGUUAAAGAGUAUAGUUGUAGGAGGGCUUUUUAAAAACGUUCAUGUUAAGUUGUUUUGGGAGAGGCUUCAUUUCUUAUGCACACAGCCCAGAUUUCUUCAAUGAGUGUGACAGCUAGUUGGGGAUUCCCCCUGUCGGUCACAGAGACUUUUUUAUUCUCUAUUCUGAGGUCAGUGCUCUGGCUCUGAAGGAAGACAUUUGCUUAAGGUCACAGUUACAAAGAAAUCACUCCUACUAUCUGGAAUUCUUUCAUGAUCUGAGAAUAGCACAGAGAGCCACUGAUUGCAACCACGUUUUACCGCUGCCCCUGAAAUUGGCACAGUCUUGUGUGGUGUCAUGAAAAGAAAGAAGCUGAGAAUAUUUUGCAACAGAAAAAAAGAAGAGUUUCAAGAGUUGGCAAAGGUCACCACCUCUAGUGCAAAGCACUUUAUUGCACCAGCUUUCAAGGAAAGUGCCCUAUCCAGUAUUUGAUUUUGAUCUUCUUAUUUUUCUGAAUCAACUUGAGCGAAUGGGAGAAAGAUUCUUCCACCCUUUGUCUUUUCCCCUGCGCAGGACUCAGAAAAACCUUCCUAUUACCCAAACAGCACGGCACUCUGGGUCCCUUUGUUUGCUUCUUUGAAGACCUGUUCUCUUUACAGGAUUUUGUACUCAACAGAAGCUAUUGCCAGAGAAAUUAAAAAUUCAGCUGGACACUGACAAUACUGGCAAUGAGCAAGACUAUUGAAAAAUAAGUCUCUGUCGGCUCCUAGAUGGCAGCAUUAUUUGUAUAGAGAUAAGAAAACAAUACCCGUAAACCAAAGAUUUUGUCUCCUUUCUUCCAACUUUCGGUGAGCAGGAAUUAAAAGGUACCACAAAUACUUACUUCAUAAACCAAAAAGACCAUCCUGUACAACAAGGGUUCGAAACCACAGUGCGGUGACAGAAGUGUGCGAAUCAGGGCAGACAACAGCCAAACCCCAGGGUGUGAGUGUGCUGCUCGGAGCCAUUCACCUUCCAUUCAAUUUUUUGAAAAAAUGAAAGCUUUGUGCUCACAAUUUACAACCUCUAAUUAAAAUGCUCUGAAACAAAAAACUCACACAGUGAUAUUAAUUUGAGUCUUUCCCCACUUAGUUACAAAUAGUAUGAUUCUGGUAUGGUUCGUAGUAGUAAUUGAAGAAGCUUGAAAAUGUGCCUGCCCGUUUAUUGAAACAACUAAUUCUUCAUGUAGGUCCUUAUUUUAUUUCGCAACACUGGGCUAUGUCUAGGAGUGUAAUUCAUGGAUGGUUUGAGUUUGUAAGACCAAUCAUAAAACAUCAAAAGUACUUGUUAGUCAUCUCAAUAUCUGCUAAGAUGCAGAUGAAUAAAAAGCAGCAAGCAUGUUAUAGCUGACACAUUUCAAGAGGGUGAGAAUUUACUACUUCAUCAACUAAAACAUGGAAGAGAAAAGUGGAUCAUCCCCUGCUUGAGUGUGUAGAGCGAGUCCUCUCCACAGGUGGAAUAGACCAGAGAACCACAGAGGGUGCAAGUUCGGAUUAUCUGACACCCUUUAGCUCAGAAGAACAAUUUCAAAAGGUUAGCUUAUAAAUGAUUAAAGAAGAAUUGCAUAAAAUUAAGUACAUUGAGUCCAUCCUUAGCAAAGACAAACCUAAACAAUCUUUUGUUUUCCCAGAAAUCAGAAGAAGGAUUGGGAAUACUUAGAAUGAUGGCAUUAAUUUAACAAAGUCCCCCAUGGAUCUACAGAUUUUUAUUUCAUUUUACAUCUUAGAGCAAAGAGUUCUUUUUGAUGAAUGAAAACGGUGUUUGUGGGCCUCUGGAGGUGAAGAAUCAUAUAUCUCUGUCUGCUGCUCUCCCGUGGUGGCCUAAUAAAAGAAAAAUCUGUGAAGUGUCUUCUACCUGCGCCAUGCCAUAGUUUUAGAAGUGUAUUAUGUAAAUUCGCCUGUGUUUAGUGAGUGUUUUUCCAUUAAUUAACUUAGCCUGUGCUGCUAUCUCCUUCCUCCUGGUCACAUUCAAACUUUCCCAAGGUACAAAGGGAUAUGUAGGAAGGAAUCUAGAAAAAGUAUGUUUCAUUCUCUGAUGUUAUAGCUUUUCUAUAUCUCUUAGUGGGAAAAAAAGUAGAAAAUUGAGUAGAACUUGGCCUUGGGUCAAUACAUAAUAGAAAUGUGUGAUCUAAGUAUGUAUAUGUAUGUUUCUCCAAAAAUGCGAUAAAACCAAAAUGUCACUGACUCGUUAUUAUCCACAUUCCUUUCACAAAAACUAUUUACUAUAUACAAUAGAAACUUCCUGCCUCUCUCUCAACUUCCUGUUCAUUCUGCCCAUACCGCUGAGAGUCGUGAAAUCUUUUUCAGUGUCUUAGCCUCAGAACUAAAUGUUGCAGAAUUAACAUCAUAGAGGGCCUAAGGUCAGCAUGUAAGCCAAAUACAGUUCUCAUUUCUAAAUGUAGUCAUAUGAAUGCUGAGCAUAGGGAGUAACUCUCAUAUUUUGGAUAUUAAACUGUAUGUUGGAAAAAUGCAUAUGAUUGAUGCUUCACCCCGGGAUCUUAUGAACACUGACUCCUGCUAGGCUGCUAGACAUAGGUGUUCUGAGGUACCAUCAGAUAAUGAAAUGCACCCGACGGAGAUACUAGGCAGAAAGGUCGUUUCUCCAAAGAAAGUAGGCAUUUGGGUGAGAGAAGUAACUCUUUAAUGAGAUAGAUUAGAUCACCUUUAGCCAAAAUGGUGGGUGAACCUCAAAAUGCCCACUUCUGUUUGCCAAACUUUCCACUCUGAGUGUGUGUAUAUAUAUGGUGGAGUUUGAACUUGAGCAAAUUGAAUGCUUCUACCUUAGAAGGGAUCUGGAUCUUCCACUUUUGAGUAUUUUAACCUCAUUGUUAUUUGGGCCAAAGCAAAAACCGAGAUUUUAUUUCAGCUUACCUGAGUCUUUGCAAAAGAGCUCUUCAUCAAGAACUUUAUGGACACCUAUGAUUGUUCCCAAUCUGUUCGUGAUUGUUUUUAUUGAUAGUUCUUUUUAUCCCUUUCUUGGAAAUGUUAAUGCCAGAGUUGCCUGAAUAUUUGAAUUUUUUAAUUUGAAGUAUAGAAAGUGUACAGAAUAAUUCCAAAGGUGUUAAAAGAUUCCGUUGUCAGUAUGUGUGACCAUGUCAUUAUGUCCGGAGAGGUUCAAGAAACCCUUUGGGAAAAAAAGGUUCUGUGUUUACAUCUCACUUGCUAUUUGAGAUCUUAAGAUGCCAAUUAGCUUACUUUUCUUUGUUUUUGAUUCCUGAUUUGUUGAUAAACAAUAAUAGCCCUGAAAUGUUUCUAAUCUUCAAAUAAGAAAAAAUCAGAUCAAAGUCAGACUGAUGAUGCAGUGCUGACAAGGCACUCCCAACUUCCCAGUCACUUGUGUGGACAGAGCAAAUGCGGUUAGCUCUAGUUACUGCAUUCACUGGCAUUCUGUCCAUGGAAGAAUACUCUCAAUAAUCAUGAGUUCUUGAAGUCAUGCAAAAUGCAGCAAGAUAGGUUCUUAAUAAAGAUAUUGUUGUCCCCAGAGUCAAUUUAAGUUUUUCUCAGUAAAUUGAAAUUGUGUCAUUCUCAAAUUACCAAAUAGAUUAGCACUGGUUCACUAUGGCCACAUUUUAGUUCUUCAUAGUAAUAGUCCAGAAGAGUUCUGUGGUUUGCCCUUGUGUGCAGGGUCUCCUACUCCCCCAUAGGGGGCGCUCAGGAGAUGCUGAGGAGGCCUACCUAUUUGUCCACUCUAUGCUUUUGGAAUUCCUCUAAUUUAUACUCAGAGGGAGCGUACCUGGUGCUGGCUUUCAUGGAGAAUAUUGUAUUAAAGGACAUAAAACAUCAUAAGUAACUGUUAAGAUCUGCAGACACCCGAAAGAGAACCUUGGUCUUUUCCGGGUAUUUCCAACUUGAGUUCAACCUGAAGCCUUUGAAAGGAAUGCAUUACCAAAUGGUCACAAGCUAAGACCUCAUCAGAUCAAAGGAAUAAAAAAAAAAAUCUCUGCAGCCAGAUGGUAUAUCGUAUGGUUUCUCCAACAAGACUAGGCAUUCUCAAGAUUUCCCAGGAAGUGAUGGGAGGGGACAUUCAGCCUAAAUAUCUGGGUCAUUUAUCUCAUUCACUCAUUUCUUUCAGCCUCCUGGAACUCUCGAGAAAAAGAAACCAGAAUAUUGUCACAUUUUUUUGCUAUCAAUUUCCCAAUAGCCUUUGAAUCAGUUGUACCUCCACCUCCUUCUGAUGUCAUUUUUCUUUAAAUAAAGUGUAAUUAAGCCUGUUUUUCAUAACGAGGGGCCAUGGAAGUUUGCCUUCCUAUUUUGGUGUAUUUCACAUGGCCUGGAAACCAGGGACAACAGCAGUUGUAUGAUUGGUAUGUUAAGUCAGAAAAAAAGGACUUUACAGAUUAUUUCUUUUCUUCGGGAUCUACAGUAAUUUAUUUAAAACCGUCAUUGUAAAGCUACCCUUUAAAAAUUAGGGAUUUUUAAAGAUCAGUUGCGAAAGAGAAGUUAGCUCUGUAAUGGGAACAGUUAUGCGAUGAUUCUGGGACUUUACCUUAGAGCUGCAUCAAUUUAAAUGUGGAAAAAAAUGCCCUCCAAGUUUGAUUUCCAAGUCUUACAGUGCUGCUAAGCCCAUGAUUUCCACCAGCUCUUUGUUCACCCACAUAAUCAGUUACCUCCACAGCCCUUCAUUGUCAUGCCAGGGGGAGGGUGGCUAGUUUUCGGACUUGAUUUUUUUCCAUCCUGCAGCAAGGAACAGGAUAGGUGGCAAACCUUAGUUUUUUCUUAAGACAAUUCAGUGCUCGAGCAUCUCUGUUGGAAAUGGAAUGAUGUGCUGUUAGCCAGUUAGAAUUAUUUUAUGUACUGUUACUAUGUUUUGCUGAUUUUUAUAUGAAAAUAUAAUUAUUCAUUCUUGAUCUCUGGACACAAUCGUUAUUAUGAGGAUCAUUUUACUUUGGAAACACUUUCAUAAUAAAGAUAAGUAUUAAGAGCACAGUGUAAAUGCCCUUUUCUGUAAGCACUACCUAGCUUGCGUUGCUGAUAGGCUGCACCUUUUGGACCAGACUCAUUUCAGGGCUUACCUCGUCCCACCAGUUUCUCGCAUGCCUCCUCAAAUUCCAAUAAUCGCUAUGAUUACUGAACAAGUAUGUUACAUUUAUGUGUCACGUAUGGUGUUUUAUUGGGAAUUUAGCUAAGCUGCUCCACAUACUGUUGCUCCAGCAUUUAUUUCAUUUGGCCAUGUGGCCUCUAGGGCCUGAAACUGAUACCGGCCCCUCAUGCCGCUGCAUGCCCUGGACAGCAGCCCACAGCGUCACAGACAACUGUAAGUCCCUGAUAUGACCUUCCCAGCAGCCAUUGUGAACAACAGCCCCCCCUCCAGCACCUGUAUGCCUUAUACACCCCUUACCUGACACCCCUGUGGAGCUCACCAAAUCCCUGUCCUUUUGACUUAAAUUAAUCUGGCCUCAGCCAGGAACCCCAAAACACUCCACUCAGGGACCCUAAUAAAGGCAUUGCCCCAGGUCCUGUCACUCUCUGCACCCUCCCUGUACCUCCCUGGGUGGCCCUUGCGGCAUGCUGUGUACUUCCCCCAGGAGCAGUGAAUAAUAAACCUCUCUGUUGCAACUUC